AUGAAGUUCACCAAAGCCUCCGUAGCCGCGCUUCUGAUCCCGGCGAUCAGCGCUCGCUUCGUCGAGACCAACGAGCUCGACCAUGUGGGGCUCGAUCCCUCCGAGAUGUACCACAUUGAGCUGGCGCCUGGUGAGACGAGAUGGGUGACUGAGGAGGAGAAGUGGGAGCUGCGCCGUAACGGCCAGCGCUUCUUCGACAUCACCGAGCAUCCAGACCUUGGCGCAUCCCGCUUCGCUUCCGCCGCCGCCGACAGCGCCGUCUUCCCCACCAAGCUGAAGCUCCAGGACGAAGUGAACCCGCUGCUGAGCAACCUCUCCAAGUCAGAAAUGAAGGAGAACCUCGCAAAGUUCAGCUCCUUCCACACUCGCUACUACAAGUCCGACUAUGGCCGCCAGUCGUCUGAGUGGCUGCUGGGCAAGAUCAGGGAGAUCAUCUCCGAUGCUGGUGCUGACGAGUAUGGGGUCAAGGCAGAGCCUUUCCCGCACACUUGGGGCCAGAGCUCCAUCAUCGCAACCAUCCCCGGCAAGACCAACUCGACUGUUGUCGUCGGUGCGCACCAGGAUUCCAUCAACCUGUGGUUGCCCUCCGUCCUGCCUGCGCCAGGCGCCGAUGACGAUGGCUCUGGUACCGUCACGAUCCUGGAAGCGUUCCGUGUGCUCCUGAGCUCCGAGGACUUCAUCAGCGGCAAGCUGGAGAACACUGUUGAGUUCCACUGGUACAGCGCUGAGGAGGGCGGUCUGCUGGGUAGCCAGGCCAUCUUCUCAACUUACGAGAAGGCCAAGCGCGACGUCAAGGCGAUGCUGCAGCAAGACAUGACCGGCUUCGUUGAGCGCACCCUAAAGGCUGGCAAGGUUGAGAGCGUUGGAGUCAUCAUCGACUUCGUCAAUGAGAAACUGACCGAAUUCAUUAAGAAGGUCAUUGUUGAGUAUUGCUCAAUCCCGUUCGUUGAGACAAAGUGCGGUUACGCCUGCUCCGAUCACGCCUCCGCGUCAAAGGCCGGAUACCCCUCCGCCUUUGUCAUUGAGUCUGCCUUCGAAUACUCCGACAACCACAUCCAUAGCAACGAUGAUAAGCUCGAAUACCUGUCCUUCGACCACAUGCUUCAACAUGCUCGCAUGACCCUUGCUUUCACCUAUGAGCUUGGCUUCACUAACUUUGGAAAGCUGAAGAGCGAGGCGGAGAAUGAGAUUAGCGAGCUAUAG